AUGAAGUUCUCUGUCAUCCUCUCGGCCUUGAUGGUCACUGGUAUGGUUGGCGCUGCGCCAAUCGCCCAGCCUGCAUCCAACGGCAUCGAAAAGCCUGGUCCCACUCAGCCUCACCAACAGGACGGAGGACACCCACAGGGAGGUCGUCCCAAGCGCGAGGUCGAUUCCAAGGUCUCUCACCCGCCUCCUCAGUCCCCACACAAUGACCACCCUAAGCGCGAGGUGGCCGCUACUGAGGACCACAAGCACGAUGAUAAGCCUCAUCACGAUGACAAGCCCCACGGCGACCACCCCAAGCGUGAGGUCUCCACUGCUGAUGACCACAAGCACGAUGAUAAGCCUCACCACGAUGACAAGCCCCACGGCGAUCACCCUAAGCGUGAGGUGACUACUUCCGAAGACCACAAGCACGAUGACAAGCCUCGUCAUGAUGACAAGCCCCACGGCGACCACCCCAAGCGUGAAGUAAAGAAUACCGAGGACCACAAGCACGAUGACAAGCCUCACCACGAUGAUAAGCCCCAUGGUGACCACCCUAAGCGUGAGGUCUCCACUACUGAGGACCACAAGCACGACGAUAAGCCUCACCACGAUGACAAGCCUCACGGUGACCACCCUAAGCGUGAGGUCUCCACUACUGAGGACCACAAGCACGACGAUAAGCCUCACCACGAUGACAAGCCCCAUGGGGAUCACCCCAAGCGCGAAGUGGAGAGUGCCGAGGACCACAAGCACGACGAUAAGCCUCACCACGACGACAAGCCCCAUGGAGAUCACCCCAAGCGUGAGGUCUCCACUACCGAGGACCACAAGCACGACGACAAGCCUCACCACGACGACAAGCCCCACGGUGACCACCCUAAGCGCGAAGUAGAGAGUGCCGAGGACCGCAAGCACGAUGACAAGCCCCAGAAGGGUCACGGCGGUCACUAA